UUGCUGCAAGUCACAGGGCCGCGUAGGGACUGGGACAGGGCUACAUAACAAGUUCUUCGAGGCCGUGACCUAAUCAGAGAGAACCUCUGGUGGGGGUACUGGUUGCGCAUCGAGUGCAUCGACUUUCUACUUCUCAGGCCUGAAACAAUGAGCUGGAUCAAUCUAUUGCUUUUGACUGCCAAUAAGUGCUGCGCGUUGAUUGGUCCCGGUUAAGGAAACGGAAGAAAAGGUGUGCACGUGGGACCUGCGGCGAGAGGCCUGGGCGCCGGGAAGGAGCGCGUCCUGGGAGAGACCAUGGCGUCGCUGAAUUGCAGCACCGCUGUCUGCGUUAUCUGUUUGGAGAAACCCAAAUACCGCUGCCCCGCCUGCCGCGUGCCCUACUGCUCGUUGACCUGCUUCCGGGAGCACAAAGAGCAGUGCAACCCUGAAACUCGUCCUGUCAAGAAAGAAAUAAGAUCGCAUCUUACUGCAAAAACUAAAAAGCCUGUGGAAAACACAGAUGAUGAUGACGACUCUGUAGCUGAUUUUCUCAAUAGUGACGAGGAAGAGGACAGAGUUUCUUUGCAGAAUUUAAAGAAUUUAGGGGAGUCUGCAGCGCUGAGAAGCUUACUGCUCAGUCCACACCUUAGACAGUUGAUGGUCAACCUCGAUCAGGCAGAUGACAAGGCAAAGCUCAUGCGAGCCUGCAUGCAGGAGCCUUUGUUUUUGGAGUUUGCUGACUGCUGUUUAAGGAUUGUGGAACCGUCCCCGAACGAGGAUUCUUAAGAUGGAUUAUUGUGCUGCCUGCUCCUCCCAGGAGGCCAGCUCGCGUGGGGCCCUAGCAGGGGCGGCGCUUUCCGGACAUUGAGCGGCUGACCUCAGGUAGGUCCUGCACAUCCUUAUGUCCAUUGCUGCAGGCUGGGGUGCACACGGAUGGAGGUACUCCAGGUGGCAAACCCAGGUGGCAAACCCUUUAUGGAGAGAGAACUUGACAUUCAGAUGGUUGUUUUUAAAUGUUUUAUUUUCGGUACAAUUAAGACAUAAAUGAUAUGGUUUUCACACCCAUUUGAGUUAAAACUUGAUCAGUGUUUCAAAAUUGAAGUGUGGUGGUUCUGUGGUG